UUCGGAAAAUCGUCAAAAAUAGCAUUUUACAAUUAUGUACAUCAUAUAUCCCUGGAUGAACUGUACUCUUGGCCAGAUCAGCUUCCAACUACAUUGGACUCUCCUGUUUGGGCUCCUUUAGCUGUACUAUUGUAUACUAGAGAAAAAAAUUGGGAAACAGGGAAAGUAUGCUCCCUCAAAAGGCUGACAGGGCUGCCAAGCAACAAUAUCGGAAAAAUGAUUUUUCGGUACCCUUAUGUGGUUUGUACGUUUCUAGACGAUGAUAGUCUUCGUCUGUGGGACCUAAAGACUGGUAAAACACGCUUGGUUUGCAAGCUACGUGGACUGAGGUUCUCCGUCAUCGACAUGGUUGUGGAAAACCAUACGUUGGCCGCUGCUGUCGAAAACUCAUCGGUGGUCAAAGUGUACAAUCUAGAAACAGGCUAUACCCGAGACACGUAUAUAAACGAUAACAACUAUGGCACCAUCACCACUUUGCGAGCGGAGCAAGAUAUCAUCGUGGCUGGAUAUUCCUCUGGGGCGUUGGUGGUAUGGGAUCCCGCUGGCACCAUGGAAGCUGAUCCAACUCCUGACCCCAGCAAAAUCGUGGCUGUUGAUAUAUACGAACCGUAUAUCAUCGCCCUUAGUGACAAUGGAUUGAUCCGUGUAUUCACCACAAGUGAAGAGGCCGGCUCCUCUAAGCUGGAGCAUGUCCGUUCGCAUGUUUUACCUCGCUUGCCUCCUAGAGCUCGAGUCAACUUUGCCCAGUUUACUUUGAGUGAAAUGGGUCCUAUCACGCUUAUGGCCGCUGUCUCAGAACCACUCACAUCAGAAACCCCCCAAGGCACUAUCUUCAACUUCCACCAAGAUUCGUUGUACCAUUUAUACCACAUGACAUGGCCUCUGCGGCACGAGGAUGCACCCACAUUAUCGCCUCGUGUACGAAUAUGGCGAACUGAAUUACCAGGACACAACGUCCGAUGGGAUACCUUUGAAUUUGUGAAUAAGAGUAGAGCCAUCGUGAUAGACACCGACACCAAUACCCGAGGACAUACCAUCAAAGCGCUAGAAUGGGAAAAAAUAGGAAAGACAAAGCGAACAAUCUCUCAGCGACUACAUUGUCCCCACGACAGCAGAGUGCAACAGCUAUUGGACAAUAUUGGUGUGGAUGGCUUUGUUUGUACCGUUGGUGUCAGCGACGAUUUCAUGAUCGUUACAGGUGAGUACAGCACAGAAAAAAAAGAGAAAUGGGAGACGAAGUUGGGUGAUACUAAUUUGCCCUUGCAUGCUAUUAGGGCAAUGGCAAUGUCUGUUCGCUUUAAAUUUUGCACCACAAGGACUGACGCGACUGAUUGCACAGCUUUGAUUGUGUCACUUUGAGAAGUUUGGGAAUUGUUUCUCAUGCCACUUUGGCUCCAGCGGAGGUUAUAUCCCUGGUUUAAUCCUUUGUUCCUAUGGCAAAUGGACUAUGCGAAAGUAUCGAAUUGUAUCCAGUAGAGUAGAAGGGCCCAGCCUCCAUAAAGCGUAAUAAAGACACACUCUACACGUACACGCCAUCCCU